AAAUAUGAAAAAAAUGGCUACUGUUGAUCACACUAGUCUACUCUAAUGUUUCACCAGGAAUUUUGUUUUGAAACUUUUGUUUUGUAAAAAAUAUGGCACAUAGUCACACUUGUGGUGUUCCCGGUCAAAAAUGACCGGCCUAUAAAAAAUAGCUUAUAAAUCACUCAUUAUACCAUAUUUUCACCCAAUCUUGGAUUCAAUCUUUUUGUCAACUUGUUCUCUUUCAAUUAGGACUGGUUUCAUAUUUCUGUUUGCAUCUGAUUAAUCGUGGGCCUCAUUUAUCUGAGAGUAGGCAUGGUCAAAAAUGGUCACAAUGGCCGACCAUUGAAAGUGAAUGGGAGACACUGAAAAUAACAGAACAAUUUAGUUUUCAGGAGCAUGUUCAUUAUUUUCAUGUACACAUAUGAGCAUGUGUGCUUGCAAACAUCGAGCCCUUGGACCUGUGCAUGUAUCGAUACAUUUAUACACACGCUACCCAGACACACACACACGUUAAAACACACAAACUUUUUUGAGUAUUACACACAUUCUUUUCCACAGAGAGAAAUUUGAUCCUACCCUAACCUGCAUCUAAUAUACAUUUAUCCAUCUGACAUUACCACACACACACACACACAAACUGGCCGUGACUGCAGUGACCCGGCUUCAAAAGAAUCUUUCUUUCAUGUUCUUGUUUCAUCACAGCUUCCAGACAAAAUAUUAUGACAUUUUGUUUUGGAACUGUGAGGUUCUCACACAGAACUAGACAAUAUUUACAAAUAUACAUCAUGUGAUAGCACAGGCAUAUAUAAAUGCCUCACAGCACCUUGCUUGUCAUUCAUUUGUGGCAGCACAAUGGCAAAGCAGCUCUCUGCACAUGAUGUUAUUCAUCAGAUUUUUGACUCAGAAACUAGUGAGGAGGAAAUGCAGGAUGCAUCUUGCAGUGAAGAUGUUUCUGAAGAGGGAGGCACCACUGAAUCGGCUACAGAGCUUGAAACAACUGAUGAGGAGCAGUCUUCCAGUGAUGAGGGCCCAGCUGAGGUUACCGUUUCAUUCUGGUCAAAAGAUGGAACUUUGUCCUGGUCUUCAUCCCCACCUAUGAGGCAAGGCAGGUUUUCUUCUGAAAAUGUCAUGAAGAUGAAGCCAGGGCUAACAAGAUAUGCCAUAUCCCGAAUUGAUGACAUACAAUCAUGCUUCAACUUGUUUGUGACGGAGCCAAUCGAAAACAUAGUCAUAUCCAUGACUAAUUUAGAGGGGAGAAGAGUCUUCAAAGACAAGUGGAAGACGGUUGAUUCAACAGACAUCCAGGCAUAUAUGGGUCUCUUGAUUAUGGCUGGGGUCUACAGAUCCCGAAAUGAAUCUACCGACAGUUUAUGGGAUGCAGACACAGGUCGGGCAAUUUUCCGCGCCACAAUGUCACAACAGACAUCUCACGUGUUGUCACGAGUAAUUCGAUUUGACAACAGAGAGACAAGACAUCAACGCCAUCAAAAUGACAAGCUUGCUCCAAUUCGAGAGCUCUGGGACAAGUGGGUGGAGAGGCUGCCACUCAUCUACAACCCAGGUCCAGCAGUUACAGUGGAUGAGCGCUUAGUUGCUUUCAGGGGGAGGUGCAGAUUCAAACAAUAUAUCCCCAACAAACCUGCCAAAUACGGGAUAAAGCUUUGGACAGCAUGUGACUCCAAAACCAGCUACGCAUGGAAUAUGCAGGUCUAUACAGGAAAAUCGUCAAGUGGUGUUCCAGAAAAGAACCAGGGCCAGAGAGUUGUCCUUGAAAUGACAGAAGGUCUACAAGGACAUACAGUGGUAUGUGAUAAUUUUUACACUUCCUAUAAUCUCGGCAAAGAGCUACUGAGAAAAAAAAACACCAUGGUGGGGACAAUCAGAAGGAACAAGACUGAGCUUCCUCCUGCACUAGUGACCAACAUGAACAGGGAUCUUUUUUCCACCAAGUUCGCCUUCACCGACACACAUGCACUUGUGUCAUACUGCCCGAAGAAAAGGAAAAAUGUCCUACUGAUGUCAACUCUGCACAAAGAUGCCUGUGUGAGUACCAGGGAGGACAGGAAACCAGAAGCCAUCCUGUACUACAACGAAAACAAAGGGGGAGUUGAUAACCUUGAUAAGGUUACUGGCACAUACUCCUGCAAGAGAAAAACACUACGAUGGCCCAUGGUGUUGUUUUUUAACAUCCUCGAUGUCUCAGCCUACAAUGCGUUUGUAGCAUGGAUGGAGGUGAAUCCAGGGUGGAAAGAGGGGAAAACCUUCAGGAGGAGGCUGUUCCUAGAAGAGCUGGGGAAAUCCAUGGUGACCCCCCUGAUACAGAGGCGCCAAAAUAUACCCAGAGCACUGCCCUCUGCUACAUUGGUGAGAGACAUACAAACACCAGAACCAGGUCCUUCAGUUGGCACAGGCAGAGGAGAGAAACGAAAGAGAUGCACUUUGUGUGCCCCAAAAGAUGUGAAAACAGGCACUGUCUGUUUCAAAUGCAGAGCGCACAUUUGCAAGGCACAUACAUUAUACUGUUGUCAGUCAUGUGCAUAAGUGGCACAAAAUGACCAAUUGCAAGUUACCUUAAAAAUGCUUUUGUUAGUCACUUGGAUGAGUUCACACAGAGACCGUCACAGUUUCUUAUUUUGGUUAGUUCAUCAUUUGGAAAACUGAAAGAAAAUGA